ACUGAAACUAACCAAACAUAACUGCAGUCUCUUUUUUUUGUUUUCGAUGGAACUCGAUAAAGAUCAGACAGUCAUGUCGGAGGAUAAAAAGCCUCAAGUUCCAAAUCCCAGAUUUGCUUGCGAAGGUUGCAGCGUUUUGCUCGACGUCAACGAUGGUGACCGUCUCGUCUUCGCUCGUUUAUCUGGUGGCGCUAUAUUAAAGAUUGAGAAUAAGAAUUAUUCUUUAAAGCCAUUGAUCGGAGCUCCGUUUGGAUCUCUGUUCCAAGUCGAAACCGGAGAAGAUGGUUCUUUCCUCUCUCGCAUUUUUCCCAUUAAACAAGAAAAUAGCAGUAAUAAUGUUAUGGACGAUUCUAGAGAUAAUCGGGAAAUCGUCGACACCAAUGAAGCUCAGAACCUUACUGGUGAAGAAAUGAAGCCAUGCGGAG